AUGACCGAACUUCUCAGACGUGGAGGAUUCUACCUACACAAAUGGUUAACAAAUGACCCUGAAGUGUUAGCUACGAUUCCAUCAGAAGAAAGAUCACCGAGAUUCUUAGAGUUGACUGAUGGUAAGCUACUAACCGACCGUGCGUUAGGAUUGAUUUGGGAUGCAGAAGAAGAUACCUUGAAAUUCACGUGUCCCGCUAGUACACCUGGGAAAACCAAACGGCAGAUCCUUAGCCAAUCAUUCUCCAUUUGGGAUCCACGUGGGCUGAUACUUCCAUUCUCUAUCAGAGCUAAGAUGUUGUUACAGAAAUUGCAUCAUAAGAAGAUCGGAUGGGAUGAUGAAAUCAAUGAUGAUGAACUGAAGGAAUGGUUCGCAUGGUGUGAAGAAGUAAAAGAAUUAAAAAGUAAAGCAAUAUCGUGAUCCCAAGGGUUGUUAUGGGUAAGCCCUGUAAAGAUAGGAGUUCAGAGAUUCAUGUUUUCUGUGAUGCGAGUCAAGAGUCCUAUGGAGCCUGUGCGUAUCUAAGGUGUGAAUUCGAGGAUGGGACGGUUGAGUGUCGACUUAUUGCCGGAAAGGGUAGAGUGGCACCCUUAAAGGCUCAUUCGAUUUGUAGAUUGGAAUUGAUGACAGCUUUAAUCGGAGCGAGAUUAGUGGAGACUGUAGUUAAAGAACUGACAAUUGAGAUCAAUGCUGUUGUAUUCUGGAGUGAUUCGACUACGGUACUACAUUGGAUAAAGUAGAUAAGUUCUAGAUACAAAGCUUUCGUAGGAAACCGUGUUUCUGAGAUCCAUUCAGUUGUUCAUGAAUUGGAAACCAAGUUGGGAGCAGAUACGGUGAGUUGGAGAUAUGUUCCUACAGAUGUUAAUCCUGCUGAUGACAUCUCUUGUGGGUUAUCACCAAGUGAGUUGACCAUGGGACACUGUUACCUGAGUGGUCCGGAGUUCCUGAAGACGGAAAGGGAGAAUUGGCCAAAGAAUAAAGUGAACCCCCCAUCAGAAAGGGACACAGAAGAAAGAAAGGAAACCAAGUGGACAGAUACUUUUCAAGAGAAAACACCUUUAAUCAGUUGGAAUCGGUUUUCGUGUCUGGGAAAGCUAAGAUGA